AUGAGCCAAUCAGAAGUAUGUUGGGUGUUCCUGAUUGGUUGGAUGACCAAAGACACAGAAAAGCAUUGCUUACCUACUAUAAAUACGAAUGGGUUUUUUGGGCUGUUGCUUAUUGCAGUGCUUGGAGGUGUUGUAUUAUAUAUCUUUAAAAGACGACCAGUGCCAGGUAACAGCGUUAUUAUUUCUGAAAUGCAAGAACAACAAAACUAUCCAACGGCCAUACAUAUUAUCAACAUGCCAGGGCAAAAACAAAACAACACUAUUAAUGAAACUUUGAAUAUGUCUGACCGACACAAUGACAGGGAAAUCUCGGGCCGACGAAAGGUUUUAACACAGAACAGCGACGAUGAAAUACGCGGCCGGCACAUAGUAUCAACACAGAACAGCGACGGUGAAAUACCAGACCGGCACAUAGUAUCAACACAGAACAGCGACGGUGAAAUACCCGGCCGACACAUAGCAUCACCACAGAACAGCGACGGUGAAAUACCCGGUCGACACAAAGUAUCAACACAGAACAACGACGGUGAAAUACCUGGUCGACACAAAAAAUCAACGCAGGUGGAAAUUGAAAUGUCAGAACUCUGAAACGGAUGUGCAUGUAGUGUUUCAAAGGUAUUUGUGAAAUUAUUUUAAAAGUAAAGCUUGCAGACUUUAAAUAUUUUAAAUGUUCGGAAGUACAAAUGAAUAUUCAUUAAUGAAUUGAACGAUUCUUGACACGAAAUUUAACUCAUUAGUGAAACGAAUAUGGAGGGGAAUGUUUUUCGUUUUUACGAAACAAUAUUUCGUUUUUACGAAUUAAUAUUUCGUAAUUAGGUAAAUAAAGGGUGGAAAAUGUCACCUUAGGGGCUCCGAAGAUAAUCAUAUAACAUUCUCUAAAAUGAUUAUUUAUACGAUAUAAAGGAAUAUCUAAAAUCGUUAAUUAAAUAUAUUCGUUUCUGAGGCAUAAUGUCUCUUUAAUUUAUUCCCUCGUAAACUGUAAAAAAGGGGCUAAUCAAAAAGGAGUCACUUUAAGAGGAAUAAGUGGCGCGUUGUAUUCACAUUCAAACGGUCUUUAAUUUUAGUCAAUAGAACAGUGUUACAUGUAGUUCCAUCUACGUAGUAGUUUAAACGUCACUUGUUUUCAUAGAUCUUGUAGUUUAACCAUCAUGUGUUUCUACAUCUUCAGACUAUACAUCUAUGAAAAUUGUUCAUUCUCCUUUGAAAGUUUUAGAAUAUCAUGUAAUAAAAAACAUCCAAGAUUUAUUUCAUUAUAUGUAAAAGUCCCAUUUUAAAAACCUUGUUGUUUUCAAUUCAUGUAAAUAUCUGGGUUUUACUGUAUUUUUAUAUAUUAUGCUCUUCAAUUAUUAGAGGAAAUAAAAACAUAUUGAUAACAUAUAUUCAACUU